UUGAGGUAAAGACUAUUCAUCAAUAGAAUUCAGGCAAGAUAUACUGCGCAAAUUGAAUAAUCAAAUGUAAAAAUGUUUUGAAACCUUUAACAGAUCAAUAUUAAUUGUAGGUCAUUAACGCUGCUAAUUCUGAAUGAUCACGCGUCCUGUGAAGUUGUCAAUCAUAUGAACUAACCAAUCGCCUUAAAGGGCGUUGCGCGUCCGUGUUUGUGAUUGGGCGGCAGAGCGCGUACGCGCGGUGACGUCACCACUGGUACCCAAGCAGUUGCAGCGUGUGAACAUGGCGAACAUCAGAAGUGUUAAAGGUAUGGUGGGUCUGGUGACAGGAGGGGCCUCUGGUUUGGGCAGAGCCACAGUGGAGCGGCUCCUCAGUCAGGGGGCCAGCGCUGUGAUCCUGGACCUGCCCAGCUCAGAUGGACACAAGGUGGCUGCUGCUCUCGGAGACCGAUGUGCAUUUGCUCCUACUGAUGUCACGUCGGAGUCAGAUGUAAGAUCGGCUGUGGUUUUGGCCAAGCAGAAGUAUGGCAAAGUGGACCUGGCGGUGAACUGUGCUGGGAUAGCUGUGGCUGUGAAAACAUACAACUUUAAAAAGGACCUUCCUCACAGUCUGGAGGACUUCACUCGUGUUAUCACUGUGAACAUCGCUGGGACUUUUAAUGUGAUCAGACUGGCUGUAGGGGAGAUGGGAAAGAAUGAGCCCGAUGCAGAUGGACACAGAGGCUGUAUCAUCAACACAGCCAGUGUUGCUGCUUAUGAUGGACAGGUGGGUCAGGCGUCAUACUCUGCCUCUAAAGGUGGGAUUGUGGGUAUGACACUUCCUAUUGCUCGGGAUCUUGCACCAAUGGGGAUCCGUGUGGUCACCAUCGCCCCAGGUGUUAAGUUGCUACCAGUGGGAAUCCACAGAAGUGAUGCUGUAGUGCCAGAAGCAACUUAACAACUCACGCAACAAAUAUUUUGCUGAAUUGAGCUAUGUGUGAAUAGAGCUCUACAGAUGCUGGUAUUACUUCCUGCUAUUUCCUCAAAGACACUCAAAGAAAUCAUGUUUACCUGUGAAACUGGUUGACAUGAGUUAACAUGUAUUGAUGUAACAUGUACUGUGCUAUGGUUAUAUGUGCACAUUUUAAAUAUUUGUGAUUCUGUCUGCUUACCUGAUGAGAUUUCCAACUAUAUUUACUGUAAACAUUUCCCAUUCAAACACACUUAAUAUUAAUUAUUUCUAGAAUAUAAACAGGGAACUGUCAAUGCAUUUUAUGUAUAAAAAGUGUCUCUAAAUGAAGAACCACAAUUAAAUAAGGCUGAAAUGUGUGAUUUCUGUGCAAUUAGUGGCAUUCAGCAGAAGUAAAAAUAAAGAAAAAAUACAUAACUAUAUUUUACUGUAUACAUUUGAACUGACUCAAGCUAAAUAGCAAUGGUAUUAUGUCUUCUGGGAAGCUGUUUAAAGCUUAAAUGAACUUGUUUCAUAAUUGACAAACUUUAGUUACUGAACUAUACUGAAUCAAUACUGAACUAACUUGAGCUGAAUAAUGACACUUGAAUUUGAAUUCGUCUAAUAUUUGAUGAAGUUUGCAUCAUCAAAUCUGUUAUUUUCCUGUUUAUUGCUGUCAUGCUGCUGUGAAACAUUCUGUAUCGUAUACCAUUAUAAGCAAUAUAAAUAAAAGU